GAAGAAAUGAACUGGCUCUAUUUAUAAGAUGCAAAGACUUGAAAAAAUGAACAUUUUUCAUUUGAUUCUGGUUCUAAUUUUCCAACAAAUUCAGUGGUGUACAAGUCAGAAUAUAUAUUGUCAAGAAGCUGUUGACAGUGUGACCGUCGUGGAAUCCUGUCCCACUUCAAAAGAAGAAUGGGACAGUGCCGCCUUUAAAAAAAACUGCAUCAGAAUAGCAGCAAGACAAAAUUGCAUAAAUGCAAGGGAAAAGUUCCAAUACCACUGUGUGAUCAACGGACUAAGAAAUGAAUUGUUGGAAGUAUGCGCACCUACAAGAAUAAUUUUUAAACAUUGUGUAGAGUUCAAUGUGCGAGGAGGUGUAAUUCAAGAUCAUCUAUCAGCUCCAUGCAACGCAACAUUUCCCAAAUGUGACGAAUAUUAUUUCUCAUCGGAUGCUUACAAAUAUCCAGAUUGUUAUACUCUCGUUUCCAAGAGCAGGAUAAUUUCAAAAUCCCUUACAUCUGAAAAUGAUACAUUUAUAACGGCCGAUGAAUCCAGCCACAUAGAACAGUGGCAAAUCAGCACUAUUGUGACUUUCAUCAUAAUCUUAAUUAUACCAAUAUCUACAACUCUCUUUCUACUUCUAUCCAAAGGACGUGGACAGAGCAUACGAAUCGGAGAGGAAGACAAAUUAUUGCCAACAGAAAUUGCCAUUGAACAGAACAUGGACCGGGAUGUCAGAACUUCAAACCGAUCUAUGGAUCAGCACUUUGCUACAUGUAAAAGUGAAUCUUCAGCAAAUAACAUAAAGCAGCGAUCAUCAAACCAAUUGAAUCAACGCUUUGCAAAAAGUGAAUCUGCAGCCUACAACAAAGCAUCAAGCCAAUCUAGCACUCAGUGCUUUGCUAAAAGUGAUUCUUCGGCUUACAGUAAGUACUUUAAAUUUCUAAUGUUGAUAAAUGGAGAAAGAAAGAGAGCAAUUGCAACCGAAAUUAAAUAUUUUUAAUGAAACAAAAUUCAUACAGCAAAAUGAAAUUCUGUUAUUAAUUUUAUAUAAAUAUUUUAAAGGCUUGCAUUUUCUGUUACCUUUGUCUUAUGAGUUCUCUUCAUCAUAUUUUUCAUCUUUUGAUGAAGCUGAAUAAAAUCCAAUCGUGAACCUACUGUGUAAUGAAUAAGAUGACAAUAUUUUUUCGAUUAAAGAAAUUAUCAAAAUUAUAUUUUUACUAAAAAUAAUAGUGUGUUUAGAUUCAUGGAAGACAAUGCAAAUAACUUUAAGUGGUGUGUACAUGUCACAAUAUAUAUUUUCUUAAAAUAUAAACAUCUCUUUGUAACAUUAGGAAACGCCACCUUCCUACUGAGAUAAUAUCCUUUGGAUAACCCUACAGUUGAUGUUCACCUAAACUACAAAUUUUGCCUCCGAUACUGCUUUGCUUAGUCAAUUUAAGAGCCCAAUACUUUUUCGCAGAUGGUUAUGGCACACGACUAUCAAAGAUCUCGGCUGAUGGGCGAUCAGAUGUUUCCCGAACGAGAAACCCCGUAUUCAUUGACCUAAAAUGUAACCUAUAUCUAACUGGAUAAUAGUGCAGGGUUCGGUCAAAAGUUUUGAUUCUCCUUUAUUCGAUAUGAACAUGUAAUCACUUAAAAUUAGUUAACCCAAAUAAAAUAUCAAACAGAAAACCAGUGGGUUUUUUCAGCUACCGCAUAAGCAAUUAAGUUUUCUAAUAAGCUGUAUGUAAUUUGUUUGUAUUAAAAAUAACAGUUUAGGAAUUAAACGAGAUUUGUAUUAAUUUUUAUGAAAUAUGACAUGAACUUCUAAUUAAGCCAUCAACUAUCUUUUAUUCAUUUUUUAUUAUAUAUUUUUAUCAAUGCUGUAAAGUUAAUAGGGACCUUUUAUGCGGUUCAAAACAUUUGGCAAAGCAAGAACAUAAUCUUGUCUAAAUGGAGAGCAAUGCAAAAGCCAGACAUAAAAUAGUUUUCUUAAAGGAAAAUAAGAAUAUUAGUUUGUUUUUUUUUGCCCCCUGCAAACAACGUUUGUUGAGACUAUAUAAGAAUCCACUAGUCCGUAUGUCUCUCUGUGAAUCGUGCCCGGUUCAUAUAUUUCUUCUUGAGAAACAUUUGAAUUUAAACUUCACAUAAAGAUUGUUUAUGACCUUAUGAUGUGUAAUGAUUUUGACCAAUGGUGAUUUGGGCAAGUUCGAGGUCACUGGAGGGAAAAGUGCAAAAUUUGUGUCCUGUCCAUAUCUUUGUUAUGUAGAAGCAAUUGAAGUUCUUAUACGUACUUCACACAAAGAUUGCUUAUGAUCUGUGGGUGUCAUGCUUUUGACCUAAGGUCAUUUUUGCUAACCUCAAGGUUACUUGAAGAGAAGUGUUUCUGAUACAUUUUUUAGGAACAUUGGGAGUUCUUACUUCACAGAAUAAUUGUUUUUAACCUACGUGUGUUUCAUGGCCGUGACAUAGUGUCAUUUGUGCUAGUUUAAGGUCAUUGUUAAAAAAACGCAAAGUUCCUGUGUGAAUCACAUCUUUUAAUAAAAAAGGAUUUUUUUAUUUUUUUAAGGUCAUUGUUAA